GCCCAUGCUGGCCUCCAAGACACAGCGCUCCUCCUGCCUCAGCCUUCCAAGUGUUGGGCUCACAGGCAUGCGCUACAGCGCCCUGCGCAUUUGCUUCCUUGAGCACAAGCUGCUAUGCUGAGACGUGGGCAGGCGGCCUGGUGCCGUGGACAGCAGCCAGGCUAGUAAAUGUUUGCUGUGACCAAGCCAGGAGCUGAGAACGACUUCUUGGCACCGCCUGGCCUUGAACUUGCUCCUCUCUCGGCUGCGCCCCGACGAUGCGCAUGCGCUGUGGCACCUCCAGGGCCGCCCUGCCCGUUCACUCCUCUGCGUGCCCUCGGGCGCUUGGAUCCUGGGGCGCCCUUACCCGCCCAGCCUUAUGCCCUGGGCUGUGACGCAGGUGCGUAAGAGCGGGUGUGUGCGUGGAGAGGUGCCGCCCCCGCCUUGCUGCGGGGGACCGCGUGCCCCCCUCCCGGCCAUGACCCCGCUCCCAGAUGUUCCUUCAGCUCCCUGCUCACCGUGCCCGGUGCGUAAUGACGGCCCGCAGCCCCGCGCGCUAACGUUUAACCUGGGCUUCUCCGCCUUCCUCCGCCCGGCUCCGCGCGCUGCGGCUCGGUGCCCGGCAGGGGGCGCCGCUGCCUCUCCGCACCCGGGCGGUCCCUCCCGGCCGGCCUCCCGCUUCCUCCUUGGGCCGCGUCCCAGGGAAACCCGGCUCGGUGACCCGCAGCCCCGCGCGGCUCCGGCACAUGUCUGCAUCCUCAGUUCCUCCCUCGCCUCUGAUCUGAAAUCCUGCAGCUGCCGGGCCGCCCGUGUCACCCCAGCCGCGGGACUCCGGGCUGCCGUCGGGGCGCCGCACCCCAAGGGCAGGGCCCCAGGACCCUCUUCCUGGAGAGAGCGCAGUGAUGCCGGAGCGAAGCAUCUAACAAAGGCCCCCUUGUCCAGGCCUGUUUGUUUUGGCCAUGAAUUUCUCCAGUAACAACUUCCGGGGUGGGGUGGCCCCCCAGCCUACAAGGAGCUGACCUAGAAGCUGCAGGACCGCAUUGUUCCCUGGCCACCGUGGGCUCUGCCUGUUCCCGCCGUGAGCUCUCCAGAGAUACAGAAAUUUCUUCCAGUUCCUGGCUCUGUGGCUUGAGAAAGAGCCAGACCUGACACUCUUGGAAGGGAGCGCUUGUCUUGUUCCUAAACUGACGCUGUGGAGUGGUGGCAUUCCAGAAUAAAGGGAGGGAAAAGGAACCAGUAUUUAACUAAGCAUCUACUAUGGAGCUGCUACAGGCCACUUUG